CCGAUAAUCUGCGAGAAGGUGGAUCCGUCCUAUACUCCACGGAGACUCCGCGGAGCAGGAUCAAGUAUAUCUUACGUCUGGUAUAUUUUGACAUAAAGGACGAUAGGGCUUAGACUGGAUCAUCUAUCCAUGGUGACGAAAGGCAUCCUCCUAGCCUUAUCAGCAGUAGUAGUUACCAAGGCCGCCACAAUGCCCUCCGACCAAACAAAACUAAUCGGCAAAGCCCUCGGAUUCUUCCUCCCCUACCUAGGCAGAGCCACCGUCCAACGUGUAGCCGCCAUAUGCCACAGCUGGACCUGGAAAGACACACCAGACUCCAAGAACGUAGUGGUACUAGGCGGCUCCUUCGCAGGAAUCCAACUAGUGAAACGGCUCACCGAAACCCUACCAACGGGGUACAAGGCGGUAUGGAUCGAGAAGAACUCACAUCUGAACUACCUGUUCAACUUCCCCCGUUUCUCCGUGAUGCAGGGGCACGAGCACAUGGCUUUCAUCCCGUAUGAUGGGAUCGUGCGGGCUGCGCCAGAUGGUAUUCUCACGCGCGUGCAUGAUACGGCUGUGGAAAUUACGGAGAAUCAAGUUUUGCUUGCAUUGGGACAGAAGAUCGACUAUGCGUAUCUUGCGAUCGCGACGGGGUCCUCGCAGCCACUCCCUGUUAAUGUUGCCGCUACGGAGCGGGAGGACGGGUGUCAGGAGUUGCAGGGCGUGCAGGAGGUUAUCAAAGCCAGUGAGAAGAUUGCGGUUGUGGGUGGGGGAGCUGUGGGCGUUGAGUUGGCGAGUGAUAUCAAGGACUUUUAUCCGGGGAAGGACGUGACCUUGAUUCAUUCGCGCGGGCAGCUGAUGAGCCAUUUUGGGAAGCGGUUGCAGGAUUAUACGUUGAGUGCGUUGCGGGAGGAGCUUAAGAUCCGCGUUAUGUUGAAUGAGAGGCCUAAGUUGCCUGGGGGAGGGAGUAUGGCUCGAUCGGCGACGCUGGUUUUCUCGGAUGGGCAUGAGGAGCAGUUUGACCUUGUCAUAGGUUGUACUGGACAGCAACCCAACUCGGCCGUUCUGGCAUCUUUGAUCCCUAGCGCCAUUUCAAAAGAGACCUCUCGCAUCCUUGUUCAGCCAACGCUUCAAGUGCUUGCAAAAGAUGAACCGGACCGCAACCCACCCAUCUUCGCCUUCGGCGACGUGGCCGAACACGGUGGCCCUCACAUGGCACGCGCCGGCUGGCUACAGUCUGAGGUGGUGCUGGACAAUAUCCUGGCCAUGAUCCACGGGCAGACGCCGUCACGGACGUAUACGCCUAAUGUCUUCCUGGAGGGUGCUAUCAAGCUGACGCUGGGAAAGAAGCACAAUGUCGUCUAUGCGAUGGAGGCCGACGGGUCUGAUGUCAUGGUGCCUUCGAGAGAUGGACGACUCGACCUGGGGAUUGAGCGGGGGUGGAGAGAAUUCGGGGCUGAUUUCAAGCAGGCAAAUGCUCCUGAUGCAGAGCGGCAGGGGGAAUCUGUUAGCGGUGCUUGAGAGAUGUG